CUGCAGCAAGUAUUUAGGAAGACCAAGGCUGUGGUGGCAGAGAGCAAAGACCCAUCUGUUGUUCCAUCGUUUGUUUGUUUAUUCCUCCUCCUCAUGCCUUCCCCCUCCCUUAAAUCCAGGCACCGUUCACGCCUCUUGCAAAUGAGAUUUGGGCGAUGCUGAGAGAACAGCGUGUUGCAUGGCGUGUGUGUGCAUGCAUUCGUGGGGGUAGGAUACUCGGUCCUCAGCAUUUGCCUGUGAUCAGAAGAAAAUAGGAUGUGCCCAUAGCUGGAGGAGUGACAAUGCUAGCCGAGUGGGGCUCACCUGCUGGUGAUCUUUGCAGAGGCAUUUGAGGAUUAUUCAGCUCCAGAAGGUCUGUGUGAGGAGUGCUGUCUCUGCCGUGGCUGAAAAUAGGAGGUGCCUACCCCUACCUGUCUUAAUUAUUGCCACCAAAAGGACCAUUUUGCCACCACUGUGGGAAGAAGCGCUUGCUGCCACUGACAAGGGUAUGAGGAUUAUGACCCCAUGUGCAGCUCUGCAUAGCUGUCCACUUGGAGAUGAUGGUGGCUCCUUAGAGAACAGAUGCCAACUCCUGGUUAACAAUCAGCAUAGUGCUCCUUCUAUCCAGAAGAUUUGAUAACUGCUUUUCACCAGCUCUCCAACUUUUUUCCAUCAUGUUGUCUCUACCAGCCUAAAAUUUCCUAAAAUGGUCCUUUUGCUGUUCCUUGCAAUUCUGCUGUUGAAGGAAGAUGUCUGUGGGAACUUUGGGCUUUUGGUUUCGGCACAGGCAAAUGAGAGAAGAGUGGUUGCACACAUGCCUGGUGAUAUUAUCAUUGGAGCUCUAUUCUCUGUCCAUCACCAACCAACUGUUGACAAAGUUCAUGAGAGGAAAUGUGGAGAAGUAAGAGAGCAGUAUGGUAUUCAGAGAGUGGAGGCAAUGCUACAUACCCUUGACAGAAUUAAUUUGGACCCCACACUAUUGCCAAAUAUAACACUAGGAUGUGAAAUAAGGGACUCCUGCUGGCAUUCUGCUGUGGCUCUGGAGCAGAGCAUUGAGUUUAUAAGGGACUCUCUAAUUUCUUCGGAAGAAGAGGAAGGGAUGGUGCGAUGUGUGGAUGGAUCAUCAUCGUCUUUCCGCUCCAAGAAACCCAUUGUUGGUGUUAUUGGGCCUGGCUCCAGCUCCGUUGCUAUCCAGGUCCAGAACUUGCUGCAGCUUUUCAAUAUACCUCAGAUUGCUUAUUCUGCCACUAGCAUGGACCUAAGUGACAAAACUCUGUUCAAGUAUUUUAUGAGAGUGGUGCCCUCUGACGCACAGCAAGCAAAGGCGAUGGUGGACAUUGUCAAACGCUAUAACUGGACCUAUGUUUCUGCUGUACACACCGAAGGAAACUAUGGUGAAAGUGGAAUGGAAGCUUUCAAAGAUAUGGCAGCCAAGGAAGGGAUCUGCAUUGCACACUCCUACAAGAUCUACAGCAAUGCUGGUGAGCAGAGCUUUGACAAGCUGCUGCGAAAGCUUCGGAGCCACCUGCCCAAGGCAAGAGUAGUCGCCUGCUUCUGUGAAGGCAUGACUGUCAGAGGGCUCUUGAUGGCCAUGAGGCGCCUGGGACUCGCUGGAGAGUUUUUGCUGCUAGGCAGUGACGGCUGGGCAGACAGGUAUGACGUGACAGAAGGGUACCAGAACGAAGCUGUCGGUGGGAUAACGAUCAAGCUGCAGUCCCCAGAUGUGAAAUGGUUUGAUGAUUACUACCUACAGCUCCGGCCAGAAACCAAUCAUCGAAAUCCAUGGUUUCAGGAGUUUUGGCAGCACAGGUUCCAGUGCCGGUUGGAAGGGUUUCCCCAAGAGAACCCUAAAUACAACAAGACAUGCACAAGCCAGAUGACUCUGAGGACACAGCAUGUUCAGGACUCCAAGAUGGGCUUUGUAAUCAAUGCAAUAUACUCCAUGGCCUAUGGGCUCCACAACAUGCAGCUAUCCUUGUGCCCAGGCUACGUGGGCCUCUGUGAUGCCAUGAAGCCCAUAGAUGGUCGGAAACUCCUGGAAUCCCUCAUGAAGACUAACUUUACCGGGGUCUCUGGGGACAUGAUCCUGUUUGAUGAGAAUGGUGACUCACCAGGAAGAUAUGAAAUCAUGAAUUUUAAACAAAUGGGGAAGGACUACUUUGAUUAUAUCAAUGUUGGCAGCUGGGACAAUGGUGAGCUGAAAAUGGACGAUGAUGAAAUAUGGUCAGAGAAAAGUAAUAUCAUCAGAUCUGUGUGCAGUGAACCCUGUGAAAAAGGCCAGAUAAAGGUGAUCCGUAAAGGAGAAGUAAGUUGCUGCUGGACCUGCACUCCUUGUAAGGAAAAUGAAUAUGUCUCUGAUGAAUACACAUGCAAAGCCUGCCAGCUUGGCUCCUGGCCCAACGAGGACCUCACAGGUUGUGACCUCAUUCCAGUCCAGUAUCUCAGAUGGGGUGAUCCCGAACCAAUUGCAGCCGUUGUUUUUGCAUGCCUGGGUCUCUUGGCCACGCUGUUCGUUACAAUUGUGUUCAUUAUGUACCGUGACACUCCAGUGGUCAAAUCGUCCAGCCGAGAACUUUGCUACAUCAUUCUGGCCGGCAUCUGCCUGGGUUACUUGUGCACUUUCUGUCUGAUUGCAAAACCUCAACAGAUUUACUGUUACCUUCAGCGAAUUGGCAUCGGCCUCUCGCCGGCUAUGAGUUAUUCUGCUCUAGUAACUAAAACCAACCGUAUCGCAAGAAUCCUGGCUGGAAGCAAGAAGAAAAUCUGUACAAAGAAACCUAGGUUCAUGAGUGCCUGUGCCCAGCUGGUUAUUGCAUUUAUCUUGAUAUGUAUACAAUUAGGCAUCAUAGUUGCCCUCUUUAUAAUGGAGCCACCAGACAUAAUGCAUGAUUACCCAAGCAUCCGAGAGGUCUACCUGAUUUGUAACACCACCAACUUGGGUGUUGUGACUCCCCUUGGAUAUAAUGGGUUGCUAAUUUUGAGCUGCACCUUUUAUGCAUUUAAGACAAGAAAUGUCCCAGCUAAUUUCAACGAAGCAAAAUAUAUUGCCUUCACCAUGUAUACCACCUGCAUCAUUUGGCUGGCUUUUGUGCCAAUAUAUUUUGGAAGCAACUACAAGAUAAUCACCAUGUGUUUCUCAGUGAGCCUGAGUGCCACAGUGGCCCUUGGCUGCAUGUUUGUGCCCAAGGUCUACAUCAUCCUCGCUAAGCCCGAGAGGAAUGUGCGCAGUGCGUUCACCACAUCGACAGUAGUCCGCAUGCACGUAGGGGAUGGGAAGUCAUCUUCAGCUGCCAGCCGCUCCAGCAGCCUGGUGAACCUAUGGAAAAGAAGGGGAUCGUCUGGGGAAACACUUAGGUACAAAGGCAGGAGACUGGCCCCCCCGCACAAGUCGGAAAUAGAGUGUUUCACCCCAAAAGGGAGUAUGGGGAAUGGUGGGCGAGCUACAAUGACCAGUGAAGAAUCUGUUUGCAUUCCAGACUGUAAUCGAUCUGAGUCAAGUAGAGAGCAGAAAAAGGUUCCUGUUAAAGAGGAUGCCAAAAAGACUGGAAAAUGUGUCAGUCUAAUAGUUCCACAGCAAGACUGUCAGCUGCAAGACCUACUCAAACACUCUAAUGGGAAAUCAGUUUCCUGGGCCCAGAACGAGAAAAGCAGCCGAGGAGCACACCUUUGGCAGCGGUUGUCAGUCCACAUCAACAAAAAAGAGAACCCCAACCAGACUGCAGUGAUCAAGCCUUUUUCUAAAAGCACAGAUAGUAGCCGACACAGUAGCAGCGCUACAUUUCCCGAGGCUAGUGCCAAAACGCUUUAUGACGUUUCGGAAGCCGAAGAGCAAUACCCAGCUCAGUACCGACCACAGACUCCCUCACCAAUCAGCACCUUGAGCCACAGAACUGCCUCUGUCAGCCGAACAGAAGAUGAAGCCCCUACCUUCCAGUCAGAACCUCCUCAGCGAAGUAGCUCCUCUCAAGGCUCCCUCAUGGAGCAGAUCAGCAGUGUCGUUACUCGCUUCACAGCCAAUAUCAGUGAGCUGAACUCUAUGAUGCUUUCAACAUCUACCCCAGGGACAGUGGGGGCUGCUCCUCUCUGCUCUUCGUACCUGAUUCCACGGGAAAUCCAGCUCCCUACAACAAUGACCACACUUGCAGAGAUCCAACCACUUCCUGCCAUUGAAGUCAAUGGCGCUUCACAGUCUGCCAGGAAACCUUCAAAUGACAGCAUCAAAGAAGGCACUUCAGAGACCCCAACGGCCAAGCAAGACCUGGAGGAGUUGGUGGCUUUAACUCCUCCUUCUCCUUUUAGAGACUCCAUCGAUUCUGGAAGUGCAUCUCCAAGCUCUCCAGCUUCUGAAUCAGCUCUCUGCAUCCCAUCCUCCCCCAAAUAUGAUACUCUGCUCAUCAGAGAUUAUACUCAAAGUUCUUCUUCGCUGUGAAUGUAGUUCAAGAUGAUGUUGGAGCUCAACAACUACAAGCAAGUAGUGAGGGGACAGCCAAGUCUACAAGAUCUCCAGUGUUUACGCAGACAGAGGGAGAGGCAUUGGGUCAUCUUGUAAGGAAUGGAAGGGAAGAAGAUGAAUCAUUUGAGAGGCGGAAACAUCAGAUUAAUUAUGCUGAUUUAAAGACAAAAUGACUCUUGGCAGAUUAUCGUGGCCUUAAAAAAACAUGGGCUUUUCAGAAACACUGAAUCUAUUUUUGAGGGCUUAUAAGGAGUCUGUUAAUCCAGUUACAUACCAAGUGCUUUGCUUUAGUAUCACAAUGAACUGUGUGUACAAUAUAGGGGACAGGGGGGAACUAGAUUGUAAACAACUGUACAAUGGUUUGUUUGUUUACUCUGAUCCCUUGCCCAGAAGUGAACCUUGAUCUUUUAUCAAGAAUAGAAGACCAAACAUUGAAUGUACAUUUUCUAACAGACUCAAAUCUGGGACCAACAUGUCAAGCUUUCUCUCUUUUUUUUUCUAUGAAGAUCACAAAAAGCAGUAAUGUAUGUUACUAUGAAACUUUUUGCUGAAGAAUAUUGUGUCUGUGAUACGUUACAUAUGGAUAACACUAAGCUGAGGCUUUGCAGUGAGUGACUGCAAUAUGGAGGGCUUUACAAGUGACUUCUCAACCUACGCAUUUGUUUAUGAAAUUCUCUUCUAUCAGUAUCAAUUUUCAAUUUGUUAUCAUUGGAUUCACCUUCACAACAACAAAACCCAAGGAAGACUUCCUGACUAUUUCACCAUGUUGCCAACUAAUAUUGAAGUAGCAAAAAAUAUUUUCUGGAGUACUGUUUUGUAAUUCCCUUACCAGGGCAAGUUGUUGAGAUGAAUAUUCUCUUUCUAGCAGCACUAUCAAGCUACAUUAUAGCUGCACUCCCUAGAGAAAUUAAUACAUUUUUAUGGACAUCCUCAUGAUAAUGUUACCAGUUUAAAUACUUAUUCAGACUCCCAUCUUUGCUUAUAACAAACAGGUAAACACCCUAAGGAUUUUCUCCAUCCUUUGACUGACAGAAUUCUAGGAUUCCAAUUUGGAUUAUGACAAAUGCUAACUAUCAGUGGGAAAGGUUGUCAUUAUCUUAAUUAAUAUACACACAUAAAUGGAAAAAACCCUGUGUCAAAGUCUGCUUAGAGGUGAUUAAGCUACUCUUUAAUAAGCAACAAUUUUAAAAUUUGUUUAGCUGCUGAUGCCUUGCGGCUAUGAACAGUGACAAAAAAAAAUACAUUCAAAGCAAUACAGAGUAAAGGUUAAAACAAAGAAGACCUAAUGAGAUAUGAACCAACAGAAUCUUUGUUUCUUAGCAACUCACAGAAGAAACAAGGGGAUUCCUCAAAUUUUUUUCCUAUAUCAUGGUAGUACAUUUUAGUGCACUUCAUACUGUCACAGCACUUUUUUAAUACAGGCAGGGAAGAGUUUUAAAGUUUGAAUAGUAGCUAAAUAAUUUUUGAUAGGUGUAGUUACAUAGAACUUGUAAGUCAGACCCUAAACGCACACUCUAUUUGCUCUCUUCUUCAUGACAUAGCUGUCCUCAGGUGCCAAACUUUUAUGGAUUUGUUUUAUUUUAUUGAAGGAUAGCAUGAAGUGGUGAAUAAUGUACUUCAAUUCAAAGUUGAGUUGAUGUAGCCUUAUAUAGAAGACAGCCUCAAGGAAGGAAGCCUUGAAAUAAGGCUGCUAUAUUUUAU